GGGUUUUGCCGCUCACAUGUCCCAAGUCAUCUCCGGCUUCCUCGACAUCCUCGACAUCCUCCGACCUCCAUCAUCUCUCAUUUCUCUUCUCUCCAUCCCCCCUCGACUCAACUCUGAAGAGCCUCGGUGUCCGCACCAAACGCCCUUCAACAGGGUUAUCUAGUCUCUUCGAGUCGAACCCCGCUACCCACGCCGAGCAUCAUCAUGCACGCAGCUCGGCAAGCCGCAUCGGCCUUCGCCAGGUCCAGCCUCCUCUCCACCCCGCUCCGGGCAAGUACUUCGCGUUCACCGCUUCCAAAACGGUCAAAGCCAUCCGCCCAGGCCGAGCGCUAUCUCACUAUCCACGCUUUCUUUACCAAGCAAGCGACAGCCUCGCAUCCCCCAUCAAAUUCUCUCGCAAUUCCGCGCAGGUUCCCACGGCGAUUUAAUUCGAGUUCGGCGCCAAAGCACACGCCAGCGGACGGCAAGUGCCCCAACUGUCCUGAACCAAAGCAUUCUCUUCCAGCCGUCCCCGUGCCGCCGGGGAACAUCCAGGAGUACUCGCCAUUCAUCCGACGCUUGAUACGAGCAUCCAGCGAGCUCUCGGAUGCCCCACAUCGGAGACCCACCAAGGAGGAGCUCCUGAACGCGACAUCAUCUUGGUGGCAACGCUUGCGCAUCCGGCUCAAAUGGUUCACCAUCCGUGGCUGGCGAAGGUUCAAUUCAGACGACCUCAGUGCCUUCUUCAGCUGGUUUCUCGUUGGCAACACACUUUGGAUUCUCAUCGGCACAACUACCUUUGUCUCCGCCGUCUUCGCUACGCUGAACUCAUUGAGUCUCCAAGAAUACGUCGCGCGAUACAUCUCGGACUACCUGACAUCCGAGACCGGUGUGACUGUCAUCUUCGAGUCCGCCAUCGUCCCGCGCUGGGGUACAUCGACCAUAUGCUUUAAGAAUGUCUAUGUGUCGCGCCGUCCGCAGGACCCCGAAGACCCGGACAUGAAGAGCGGGGCGCGGAAGAAGGCCGCUACGGCAGUUCCGCCAUCCCCGGUACCCUACUUGUCCUCAUCCCUCACCCCGACCUUCCUCACACCGCAACGGGCAUCGCCGAAAGACAACUACACCAUGUUCGACCUCAACUUUGACGAGAUCGAAGUCACUCUUAGCUUUAAGCGCUGGUUGGACGGCAAGGGCCUUGUCAAGGAUGCCAAGGUGAAGGGCGUGCGUGGUGUUGUCGAUCGGAGAUCGGUGUGGUGGGACUCUUCCAAGCCCCUAUCGCCCAAGGACUGGCGGCACCCGUCUCACCCCGGGGACUUCGAGAUGGAGUCGUUCCAAGUCGAAGACUUCCUGGUCACUUUCUACCAACCCAACGGGCAGCGGCCUUUCAACGUGUCCAUCUUCAACGCGCGAUACACUCCCUUCCGGAAACGCUGGUUGUUUUACGACAUGCUUGGUGCGGAGGCCAUGACGGGGCAAUAUGACAACUGUUUGUUCAGCUUGCACAUGCCACAGAAGCUUGGCCGCAUGGCCUCGGACAGCGAGAACUCGUUCAAACGGAUGGCUCGCUUCCGCAUCGACGGCCUGCCCAUCGAACAUGCGCAGUUUGCGUCUGGUAACUCGGGGCCAGUCUCAUGGAUCCAGUCGGGCAAGCUUGACGCCGUGCUCGACAUCAAAUUCCCCGCUCACCCGGACGACGAGGUGGAUGUACAGGCCAUCUUCAAGGAGAUUGGUCGCAACGUCGCAACCAUCGCUCUCCACGGCGAGCAUCCGUACCGUGACGAUGCGGCCGGCGAGAUGGACGAUCACUCUCAGAUCCUCGACACUCUCGCUGCCGCUGAGGCGAGCAAUCCUUCUUCUCUACUUCCUGGUCAAGCACGCCUCGCGCGUCCGCCAUUGCGCGCUCCCGAGGAUACGAUGCCGCUAGAGGAGCCACGUCAACUCACCAUCGACAUCGACUUGCGAUUCCGCGAUCUGAAGGCCGCUGUGCCGGUUUUCACGUACGACCUCAGCGUGACGAACAAUGCCCUUAUCCGUCCCAUCGUCGCGUUCAUCAAUGCGAAUCGCACCCUCGUCCCCAUCCACUGCCAGGUCGCCGCUGACCUCGCUGACUUCGACGGAUCGUGGACACUGUUCGAGACUGGCCUGAUGACGAAGAUCUCGGACCAGAUUUACUCGGCACUUGCGCACCACGUUGCCGCUGAGGGUGCCAACCAGAAGCGUCUCCGCCAGGUUAGCCUGUGGGGCGUGCAGCGUGGCGCCGAGGUUCUCGUCGAUGCUGUCAAGACCAUGGUUGACCCUGUACACGGGCAGAUGGCUGCAGCCGCGUAAUAGCAUUCUUGGUGCGGUGCCUUGAGGUCUCCAACGUCUCAAACCCUCAACACUCUGCACUCCCAAUUGUAACUACCAUGUAUGCAUGACAAGACAUCAACGACUCG